AUGGAACUUCAUCACAUCCCAGUUGCAUAUUACGAUGAAGCAGGGAUCUGGCCUUUAUUUUCAAAAGAAAUUAUUGACAGGACUCCCAUACCUGGAGCCACUUUUUCGACUUUCCAGGGAGAAAUCCCUCUUCCGCCAUUAAACAUCAGGUUUAUUAAGCAUGAAGAAGCCUAUUGGGAACCCAAAAUCGAAGAUGCCUUUCUCAAGCCUUAUCUCUGGAUCUUUUUACUACACUGUAAUAACUUUGAAAUAUAUAAGCGAGAUAUCAAGCAUAAAUUGAGAGAAUUAGUGAAUGCCAUGGGUGUGCAGAGAGUAGAAUGGCUUGUUUUAUACGUGCCGUCGCUUACACAGCUAGGCAAAUCCCAACACAGUACCUUUGCGAAGGUUUUUGAAAAAAUUCAAAAGGAUAUUUUCUCAAUGUUUGGUCUUCGACAGUGUGUCAGACUGUUUUCCCAAGCUACGAAAUCAUUUAUGGCAAUUGACCAGCCGAGCAAAAUCAGAGACGAUUUUUGGGCUGAUUUAAUAAAAUCUAUAGGAAAAGGAGUAAGCGCAGGACUUUGCAACAGAAUGGCCUUAUUUUUAGAAGAAUUAUCAAUAUUAGAGCAGACUAAAGAUUUCUAUAAGUACUGUCUUACGAAAGAAGGGCUUGCUAUUAUGUACUCUCUUGCAGGGUUAAAUUUGCAUGCUAAAAUGUGCUACGACGAUCUUUUGGCACCUCCUGAGCCGUAUUUGCCUUUAGAUUUUAUCCAGAUUUCAAUGCGGGAUUUGCAGCAUAACUCAGAGAUGACAAUGCAAGAUUUCCGAAACGCUAUGGAAACAGGCAGCAUGAGUGAGCUUUCUUUCAGAGAAUACGUGUUUUCCCGACAGAAGGCACAGUUAGAAUAUAUAAAGGCUUAUGUAUUGAUAGGAGAACUCAGCUUGAAUUUAAUAUCUACAUCGAUGCGGCUGUUUAGGAUGCUUCCUAAUGACGAAGAAAGAAAGUUUGGAAGCGUUUGAGUGUAUCAGACGUCAUUAAAGCUGGCUGAAUAUCUGCAGCAAAACAUAGAUGGUAUUUGAUAAUAAGACAUUGAUGAAGAAGAAGUAAGAAUUGACGUACAUUAUAGUGUGGGGUUGCUGCUUUCUAUUGCAAGAAGCAGGCUUGAAAGAUUAGCAUCAGACAGGUUUGGGGACUUUGAAAUAUUUGUAAUAUAUAAUUAGACCAAAGUGGACCUAGUUGACGAUUUUGCACUAGAUAAAUCUCCAGUGAAAAUUGAAGGAAAAACCAAAUCUCCUCAGGUCAUGCUUUCUGAUAGUCCCACUAUAGACAUGCCAGAGCAUGGAGGUGAUCUUCCACUUUCAGAUUCGUCAAGUUUGCCUGAAAAUGACCUAAAUCCUGAAGAUGUCCUGUCCAACCAAUUUAAAUUUGAAGACGCCUUGCUAAAUAUGACUGGGACUUUAUAUGAAGAAUUCAGUCUUGCCAAAUAUUCGAGGAUCUCAAAUCGAUAUAGGGUAGAGCAAGGAGUUUUGCUUAAUAAUCGCGGCUUUUAUGAGCAAGCAAUUAGAGUUCUGAAAUCAGUAUCAUAUAAUGAUUGAAACAGCUUAGACUUAGUGAUACAAACAAAUUUAUUCCAAUGCUACAUACAGACGUCUAAACUUCAAGAAGCUUAUGAUACUGCUAUGAUUAUUACAAAACAGAGCCAUUGCGUAUCUUCUGCAUUUUUAGCUAAAAUGUCUAGCUUCCCUUCCGCGUUUUUGAAAAAAAUCGCAAAAUUGGGAAGUAAAAAAUUAAUUAAUUUGAAAUUAAUGCUUUAAAUGCAGAUUAUAAAAUGUUAGAGAAAAUUUAUAUAAUAAUUAUCACUUAUAUAUUAAAAUACUUGAUAAAAAUUCAUUAUAUUAAAAAUGUUUUUGCUCACUCAUGGAGGGGUAAGUGAUUAGAAGAAAUCUCUUAUAUUUCUGAAAAUUUUUCCUAUAAUUCUAAAAAGAACUCUAAUGUAAUGCUUUCACCUGUCAAGACUUUAAAUGAAGAAAAUGCUGGCACAGAAUCUGAAACAGUUAGACUAAGGACUGGAGUUAAUAUAGAGCCUCUAGAUGUACAUAGCAAAAUUUAUAGGCAAGAUGAUAUAAAUGUAAUUUCUAUUUGUGUAACAAACCAAGCUCAUACUUCAUUAAGGCUUCAUAAUUGAAAAAUAAUAGGCUGUGAUAUUCAAAUCGACUCGAAUCAAGAAGACUGCAUCUUAAGGACUGGACAGCAGCAAUAUAUGGCAUUUUUAGCAAGUAAUAUUAUAAACCCAGAAAUUGUUUUCAAAUAUUCAUGUGUGCCAAGGAGGAAGGACAAAAAAGCAAAUCAUAAAGCGAAAAUUUCGAUGUUUGAGUUCACUCAUGUAAUUUCUAAUGAAGAAAUAAUUCCUUGUAAGAACAAUGAUGAGAUAAACUAG